UUUGAUGCUGACAAAAUGUAUGCAUGUAGGCCGAGAUUGACCUCUUGAAAAACCUCCAUCAUGACAAUAUCGUGAAAUACAUUGGCUUUGUCAAGUCUGUUGACUGUCUGAACAUCAUCCUCGAGUCUGUCCUACCCUUGCCCUUUAAAACAAGGCCCGCAGGCAGACGCUGACACGGCAUUCGUUGGGCAGGUUUUGCGAAAAUGGAUCGUUACACUCCAUAUGUAAAGCCUACGGCAAGUUCCCCGAGAACCUGGUCGGCGUGUACAUGACCCAGGUGCUUCAGGGGCUGCAGUACCUGCACGAACAGGGUGUUAUCCACAGGGAUAUCAAGGGCGCCAACAUCUUGACCACCAAGGACGGCACAGUAAAGCUCGCUGAUUUUGGCGUGUCGACAAGCACCCUGGCAGGUCCGGACAAGGAGGCCCAGGUAGUAGGGACGCCGUAUUGGAUGGCCCCCGAGAUCAUCCAGCUUUCUGGCGCCACGUCGUCCUCAGACAUCUGGAGUGUCGGAUGCACCGUAAUAGAGCUGCUCCAGGGAAAACCGCCAUACCACAAUCUCGCGGCCAUGCCCGCCUUGUUUGCCAUUGUCAAUGACGACCACCCACCGCUUCCAGAAGGUGUCUCUCCAGCCGCCCGUGAUUUCCUCAUGCAAUGUUUUCAGAAGGACCCCAACCUUAGAGUUUCGGCAAGAAAGCUGUUGCGGCACCCGUGGAUAACGGGCUGCCGGAGAAGCGAUGCCCCCGUCUCCAAGGCGCCAGCAAACUUUAGCCAAGCCGUCGAGGAGGUCAAGCAGUGGAACAGGGCUCUCAAGUCGUCCGAGAACAACCUCAGAGCUUCCACCGGCUCCGAAAGCAUCGGCCCGCCCGUGCAGGCGCAUUACGGGAGCCGUUUCAACCCUUCGGACGCUCACCGCUCAAACCUUACCACCCCUGCAAAGGGGCCACUUGUUCUGGCAAAGCCAAAGCCCACCGCAGAGGCCUUCCGGUCUCCUGAGCUUGCUGACGACGAUAACUGGGACAAUGAUUUUGCCACUACCAUCUCGCCAAGCGCGCUUAAUCUUCCCCAUAUCAAGGGCCAGGAUAAUUUCGGGGGUCUUCUUUCUGGCGACCGGCUGAAGGCGUUCGCGUCUAUCGACGGCCAGCGAGAGAAUUCGGAAAACUGGGAUGAAAAUUUUGACGGCGAGCUCUUGACUAUCAAGGGGCUGAGGCAUUGGUCUGAGCCUGACCCCCAGGAACAGACCAUCAGGCCUUUGCCCCGGAAGACGGAGAAAAACGCCGAGCCGAAGGCCCAGCAGGGCCACAGGCGACAGCGCAGCAAAGCCUCCGUGCCAGGCGCGCCACAUCCCAAGUCGCCCGUUAAGCCGCAUUUUGCGAACAAAUUCGAGCUUCCCCCGCGUCCUGAUGUUAUUUAUCGCGAGCAGUCCGUCGAGGACUACUCGGACCUGUUCGCCGAUAAUGAUGGCGUGUUCAACAACAGGUUGAACUUGAUCGGCAAGGACGUUCCGCAACUCUUCCACCCCUCCGAUCUCACAAGUUUGCCACGGUCGAUGCAGUCGCCGGCUGCGGGGAGCAUGCGACGGCAGAACCCAUCGCGCCCGUUGGUGCUUCCGGAGCAGCCAGUAAGGAGGACGAGGUCGACCGUCGAGAUCACCAAGUUUGCCGAGAACGAGGGCGACGAGGACUUUUCCGAUAUCUUCGGCACCGGGGACGCUUUUGCCGAAUCGGAGGAAAGCGACCGCGGGUCCGAGGACGGCGGCCAACUCAUGCUGCUUUCCAAGCUGUCCAACAGCUCCUGGCUCGGAGACGAUGAGGAGGAAGACGACCCCUUCGCCAUGAUGGAUCCUGGCUGGGACGAGAUGGACCUCGAGGCGAAUAUUGCCCGUGACCGGCACGCCAGGUUAGCAGAGAAGGUGGAGGAGCUGGUGAGGUCGAUGAAGACGACGGAAGGGGAAGACACAUUAUCCGACCUGGCAGAAGAUCUACUUAACCUCUUGUGGGAGAAUAACGAGGUCAAGGAUCUCAUCAUCAGUGCCCACGGCCUGCUUCCGAUUCUCGAGAUUCUUGAGCCCUGCACGGUGAAGAGCCGCCAGCACAUGAUCCUGCAGCUGCUCAAGAUUGUCAACGCGAUUAUCCUGGAUGAUGUCGAGUUGCAAGAAAACCUCUGCUUCGUCGGCGGAAUCCCCAUCAUUACCAAAUUUGCCGCCCGGCAAUACUCAAACGAAAUCCGUCUAGAAGCGGCCGCAUUUGUGAGGCAAAUGUACCAGACAUCUACGCUGACCCUGCAGAUGUUUGUCAGCGCCGGUGGUCUCAAUGUCCUGGUGGAAUUCCUGGACGAAGACUACGAUAGCUCCCAAAGCCUUGUCUUGAUUGGUGUCAACGGUAUCUGGAACGUCUUUGAACUGCAGGGGCCAACUCCCAAGAACGACUUCUGCAGGAUUUUCUCGCGCAGCAAAAUCCUCGACCCUCUUGCGGCGGUUCUCCACAAGGUCCUGGAUGAAGACGACAAGAACGAGCUCUCCGAACUGGUGGAAGGCCGCAUCGUCAACAUAUUUUACCUAUUCUCACAGGCGGAGAACUAUGUCAAGGAGGUUGUGGCUGACCGCCAGGUUCUUAAAACCGUGCUCAAGGACCUGAGGCGAAUGACAGCGUCUCACCAGAUCACCAUGCUCAAGUUUAUAAAAAACCUAUCUAUGCUCUCGACCACGCUCGAGGCAUUGCAUUCGGCCGACGCAAUCGACUUCUUGAUCGACGUGCUGAGUAGCUCGAUGAAGAAAGGACAGAAUCACUUUCGAGAAAUCGCCAACCAGGUCCUCAACACCAUGUUUAACCUCUGCCGGCUCAGCAAAGAGCGGCAAGAAUACGCGGCCAGCAACGGCAUCAUACCCCUAUUGCUCAAGAUCUUAAAGACGGACAGGCCGCCCAAGGAAUUUGUACUCCCUAUCCUCUGCGACAUGGCGCAUUCGGGCAGCAAGGGGAGGCGUUAUCUCUGGCAGAACAGUGGCCUGGCCUUUUACGUGUCGCUCCUAGCGGACCAGUACUGGCAGGUUACGGCGCUUGAUGCCAUCUUCGUGUGGCUUCAGGAAGAGACGGCCAAGGUGGAGAGCCACCUCUUGGACGGCCAGUUCACGGCAGCCAUUACGUCGUGCUUCAACACGAACAAGGCCAACGCCUUCGACACGAACCUCCUCGAGCCGCUGCUCAAGGUUCUCCGGCUGAGUCCGGCCGUGGCGGCAUCGCUGGCCAAGGCGGAAAUGUAUGCCGGCAUCUCGCAGAAGCUCAACCACAAGAAGGCCAUCGUCCGCCUCAACCUACUACGUCUCGUGCGCAACAUCAUGGACGGCUGCGAGGCUAACAGCUCGUCCAUGGCGUCGGUGCGGGCAUCCAGCACGGGCCGCCAGCUUCGCAUCCUGUUUGACGACAUCCAAACCCUGGCGGAUAAGGACCCGGCGGUGUUGGUACGCAACUUGGCGUCGGAGCUCGUGCGGAGCCACAUCGACACGGACCUGCAGCACGACGCUAUGAUGUCCCUGAGCGCGCUCGGGCUCGGAGGCGGCGGUGGCGGUGGCCCCGGAAGCGGGAGCGGAGGUGUCAUGGGCGGCCCGAACGCAGCCGGGUCCGGCCCGCGCUCGCGCUCCGGCCCCCGGCGCAACACCAGCUAUACGCCACCGGGGCUCGCUCACUCGAGCAUGUCGAUGCCGCCAACGCCCACUCAUGCCCACCCAGGCCACCACCGGCUAGCACACUCGUCGUCGGCAUUCAUCGAAGUCGCGACCACUCCGAAACGGUCGGCUGUCGCACUGGCCCACGAGCGCGACGCGGCGCUCUACCGCCCGCGCAGUCGGGACGGCGGCAUCGGCGUCGCAACCAGCAUCCCCCGCCGGGUCAGCAGCGACGCGGGUUCGUCUUCGUCCCUGGGCAACGCUGCGUUGGCGCCGGCUGCCAAGAGCAGACUGCCACGCACGUCGACGCAGUUCUCGCGGCCAAGUCUUUCUUCUGGGACGUCGGCGCCGCCCGUCUCCAUGUCAAACGUGUCCCGGAGCGACAGCUCCCACAGUAACAAGGAGAACUAUUCCCAGCGCAUGCGCUCAGGCUCGUCGGUCACGGGGUCCGGGUAUACGGGCUCGCCUAGCACGACGGCUGGCGGCGGAGGUGGGCCUGGCGGACCUGCACAGGGAGGAGCAGGAAAUACUGGUGGCGGCGGUGUUGGUGCCGGCCCCCCGCCGAGCUUUAGCAGCAGGGAGACGUCCGUCACGAGUGGCAGCGCCAAGCGCCGCAGCCGAGCGCCCAGCUCGGAUCUCCGGUGGUCUUAGGAGGACAGCCCCGGAUCCAAGUCCAGGUCGGGCAGGGGGCGCAGCGCUGCGGCGGUAGCUCUUGGGAGCCCGGCCGCGACUGGCACUGCCAUUGCCGAUCGUGGGAGUGGAAGCGUAAGCGGAAGCGGAAACGGAAACAGCGGGAGCGGUAAUUGGGGCAGCAGUGGUGACAGCAAUAAGAGGGGUGGGAGUAGACGCCAGAUCAGGAGAGGAAAGUGAAUAGGUAUGGAUGGAGUGGGAAAAAAGAAAUAUUAGGAAUAAGAGCAGAGAACAACACCUCAAAAAGGUGCCGACCGCCCGACUUUUAUUGUCUUAUCAAGGUAGGUACCUUGCAUAUUCUAGACAUGGAUAACAUGGGAUUGAUGGUUAGAC